AACAACCAUCGUCUGGCAAAAUGACUGCUCCCUGUUCUCAUGGCUUUCCGUAAACAAAUUUAUUUUUUCAGGGCUGGAAUUUUGGACCAAUCGUCUGUAGCCAGUAACCGGAUUUCGGUAUUGUUUAGAGCCGGAAGUUGGCUUUCCCCACCCAACGACCGCUCAUGACGAGAAUUCAGAAUUCAUAUCGAAGCGAGAACUGGACGGAUGCACGGAUUCCGGAGAUACAUUAUCCGGGCUUUGAUGCAUUCAGUCACAUCAUAUUACUAUCUGUCUGGCCGUGGCAGCGAUGAACCGUGAUUGUUCGCCACUAUAUGUAAGGAGAGUGGUUGCUGGUCAAUUCUCAUUCUCGCCCAUUAUGACUACCAGCUAUCUACCACCCGGAUUGGUAUUCCUGUUCCGAACUCUUUUCUUUGUGACUAUCGUCCCGUCUUCGACUUUCUGGGUUUUCCAAAUCUUGGCCGGUCUCAGUCUUCCUUUAUGGUUUUGCCUUGUAGUCCCCUUGGCUUCACAGAUUGUCUUCGCGGUGGCUCACAACUGCUUCAUGAGCUUUCGUAUUAAAAGGCAUGCCGCUGCGCAAGGCGCUUUCAUGGUUCCGAGCGUUCAGGGAAGCAGUAUUUCCAUCUUGCGACAAGUGCUACACAGCUUUAGGAAUGGAUACCCGCUUGAAAUAUUCCAGAAGUGGAGUGAAGAAUACGGAAACACCUUUACUUUCAAUUCUUUCUCAGAAAGACGAAUGUUCACAGUUGAGCCAGAGCACGUUAAAGCCAUCCUGGCGACUCAAUUCCAAGACUUUGAAAAAGGCCAUAUAUUCUAUGUUGCUGCGGAUUCUCUUCUUGGUUCAGGUGUUUUUAACUCAGAUGACGAUACUUGGAAGUUUCAUCGAACAAUGACGAGGCCUCUCUUCAACAAGGAUCGAAUUUCCGAUUUUGAAAACUUCGAAAAACACGCCGUCAGCAUGAUCUCCCAGAUCAAAUCGAGACUGAGAGAAGGAUAUCCCGUCGAUUUCCAGGAUGCUGUCGCUCGCUUCACUCUCGAUUCCGCUACCGAGUAUCUCUUUGGAAAAGAUGUCAAUUCGUCAUCUGCAGGCCUCCCUUACCCGGCUGGAUCUCCGUUGGCCAACAACCCCCAUUUUGUCAAUCACCCGUCUAACGUUUUCCUCAAAGCAUUUGCAGCAGCACAAGAGCAGAGUGCUAUUCGUCUUCAGAGAGGGAAGUACUGGCCACUUCUCGAAUUCUGGGCGGAUGCAGUCAAGCCACUUCGGCAAGUCGUCAAUGAGUUCGUCGAGCCUCUUCUUGUCGAGGCGCUCAAUAUCAAGGCUCGAGGCGACAAUCCGGUGGAGGAUAAGAAGGACUUCGAUGAGGGCGUAUCCUUGCUGACCCGUCUUGUGGAGAAUACCGAUGAUACCAAGCUCAUUCGAGAUGAGCUUGUAAACAUCUUGGUUGCUGGUAGAGACACUACGGCCUCUCUUUUGACUUUCGCGGUAUAUAUGAUGUCCGAACAUCCGGAAGUGGCCACUCGCUUACGAUCGGAGAUCCUCGAGAAGGUUGGUACAAAGACACCUACUUUCGAGGACAUUCGUGAUAUGAAAUAUCUGAGAGCAUUCCUGAAUGAGAUUUUAAGACUAUAUCCACCUGUGCCAAUGAACAGCCGCAUGUCGAAAGUGACAACUACACUUCCGAACAAGGGAGGCGCACCAUAUUAUAUUCCAGACGGCACAAGGAUAAUCUAUUCUGUCUUCUUGAUGCAUCGACGGACGGAUUUAUGGGGACCAGAUGCCCUCGAAUUUGACCCGGAUCGAUUCCUCGAUCAACGUUUGCAUAAGUAUUUGACUCGGAACCCAUUUAUAUUCGUUCCCUUCAAUGCCGGCCCAAGAAUCUGCCUUGGCCAACAGUUCGCUUAUAACGAGGCUUCGUACUAUCUUAUUCGACUGUUGCAGACGUUCUCUUCUUUCCGUCUUGCUCCGGAUGCUCAGCCUGCCGAAGGGAUUCCUCCCAAGAAUUGGACCAAGACUCCCGGAACGACCAAAGGGAGAGAUAAGAUCAUGUUUGGGUUACAUUUGACGAUGUAUGCUAAGGCCGGUUUGUGGGUCAGAAUGGAAGAAGCGAGAGAUGACGCGUGAGCGUCUGAUGGGUCCGAACAUUUUCUUGUCUACAUGUCGGAAGUGAAGAUGAUGUAAAAAUAGUUUCUAAUACACUCUGUCUGCUCAGUGUCCAAGGGAG